CUGUAUAACGAGACGCAGGGUGAGAGUAUUUACCCUACCCCCGUCAUCGGCUGCCUAGGACUGCUCCAUGAAGUUCGAGUCAAUGUCGGAAUCGGGUUUCAGAAGGCGGGCGACAUCAUAGUUCUGCUGGGCGCGUCUGAGCCGGAGUCGGACGCAGCAUCACUAGCAGGUAGUGAAUACCUCGAACUCAUGCAUGGCUUGGUCGCCGGAAAUCCUAAGCUCGACAUUGAAGGUGAAGCCGCAUUGCAACGCGCCUGCCGCCGUUUGGCAACCGAAAGUGUCGUAAGCUCUGCCCACGACUGCUCGGAGGGCGGCUUGGCCGUGACGCUCGCAGAGUCAUCCAUCGCGGGUGGAAUGGGCGUGGAGUGCGGUGAUGACACCGCGCUGGGAAGCAAACUAGCUGGGUCCGGCAGCCGGUGGGACGCUGUCCUGUUUGGUGAAGCGCAGUCUCGCAUCGUCGUGUCGCUGGACCCCGGACGGAUGGAGAGGCUCGAAAGCCUUUGCACUCAGGAAGGCGUCGAGUGGGCUGUGCUAGGCAAAGUCACAGAGUCUCGCUUUGCGAUUGGCAGCUUGAUUGACUUACGAGUGUCCGAGAUAGAAAGCACAUGGCGUAGCGCCCUUCAAAAGAGGCUGUAA